UUGCCGAGUCACCGCCGGGCGGGGCCGCCGCGGGCGGGGCGGGGCCGGGCGGGGCGAGCGCCGCAGCGGGACCGGUCGGCAGCUCCUGCAUCCCGGCCGGCAGCAUCUCCGCACCGGGCCCCGCACCCCCGCGGCCCCGGCCUCGGCGGGGCCAUGGCCGAGAUCACCAGUGUCCACCCCGGCUUCGAUGUGUCCCCCGUGGUGGCAGGACUCAUUGGAGCCACCGUGCUGGUGGUUUCUGUCUCAGUCACAGUCUUUGUGUGGACAUGCUGUCACCAGCAAGCAGAAAAGAAGCACAAAACCCCCCCCUACAAAUUCAUCCACAUGCUGAAAGGCAUCAGCAUCUACCCGGAGACCUUGAGCAACAAGAAGAAAAUCAACCGGAUCCGGAGAGACAAAGAGGGGGGCAGGGGGAACCUCCUGGUGGAUGCUGCUGAGUCUGGCUUGAUGGGCCCCACCAAAGCUCCAGAUGGACCCCCCCAGGUCGACCAGCUCCCCAUCAAAGUCGAUUAUGGAGAUGAACUCAGCCCAGAUCAAAGCCUCACUCCGGGAGGGAGCAAAACCUCCUCUCCUUCUUCCCCGGGCGACGACGUCCUGCUGGGAGACCUGACUUUCUCAGUGGACUACAACUUCCCCAAAAAAGCUCUGGUGGUCACCAUCCAGGAGGCUCACGGGCUGCCCGUGAUGGACGAGCACACGCAGAGCUCCGACCCUUACAUCAAGAUGACAAUUCUGCCCGACAAGAGGCACCGCGUCAAGACCCGCGUGCUCCGCAAGACCCUGGAGCCCGUUUUCGACGAGACCUUCACCUUCUACGGGAUCCCCUACAGCCAGCUGCAGGACCUGGUGCUGCAUUUCCUGGUGCUCAGCUUCGACCGCUUCUCCCGCGAUGAUGUGAUCGGGGAGGUGAUGGUGCCCCUGGCAGGGGUGGAUCCCAGCACUGGCAAGGUGCAGCUGACCAGGGAGAUCCUCAAAAGGAACAUACAAAAAUGCAUCAGCAGAGGGGAGCUGCAGGUGUCCCUGUCCUACCAGCCCGUGGCACAGAGGAUGACCGUGGUGGUGCUGAAAGCCAGGCAUUUGCCAAAGAUGGACAUCACUGGCCUCUCAGGUAACCCCUACGUCAAGGUGAACGUUUACUACGGCCGCAAGCGCAUCGCCAAGAAGAAAACCCACGUCAAGAAGUGCACUUUGAACCCCGUCUUCAACGAGUCCUUCAUCUACGACAUCCCCGUGGAUCUGCUGCCCGACAUCAGCAUCGAGUUCCUGGUGAUCGACUUCGACCGCACCACCAAGAACGAGGUGGUGGGCAGGCUGAUCCUGGGCGCGCACAGCGCCAGCGCCGCGGGCACCGAGCACUGGCGCCAGGUCUGCGACAGCCCCGGCAAAGCCGUGGCCAAGUGGCACAGCCUGAGCGAGUACUGAGCCCUCCCAGGACGGAUGGCAAACUCGGUUUUAGCUGUAGGACUGAAGGACUUGGCGUUGAGGAGCAGCAGCUGGUUGGUUCUUAUGGGUGUUCUCAGUUUAGGCAGGGAGAAAGGAGAGUUUCUAAGCAGGUUUUAGCAUUUCCAGCUUGCAAAAGGAUCGUUCCAAGGAGAAUUUCAGCUGUUAGAGUGGAGGAAUUAUGAGGAGGGAUAGAGGGAUUCCACUUAAAUAAGUGAGAAUGAGCAGAAGGACCAGGAAAGGGAAUCUACAAAGAAAAGAGGAAUAAAAUUAGAGGGGUAGCAACACAAAAAGGAAGAUGAGAUGGGGACCCAGGUGAAAUGCACCCAGUGGGACAAGACACAGGCAAAGCAUUGAGUGAGCUGGCAGGAGUCACUGCAUUUGUAUUUACUUGUGUUCUGGGAUCCUAAAAACCUUUAGCCUGGUUAGGAACUCUCCUUUCUCCCUGACUAAACUGAGAAUACCCAUAGGUUCUCUCUGACUAAACUGAGAAUACCCAUAGGUUCUCUUUAGUGAUGUGGUUUUUGCAGGGCACUAAAAAUUCUAAGGAGCAUUAAAACAAAUAAACGAUGGGGAAUAAAUAAUGAUAAAUAAAUAAUUAAAAAAAAAAAGGUACCACGAAUAUAUAUAACAGUGUAAUCACGCUAUUGCAUGCCUACUACAAACUGAAAUUAGUAUAACUGCCAAUAUCAAGUUGCAGGUUUGAAUACAAUUAUCUGUCACUAUGGAAGUUGUGUUUGUGCCGAGCUGUCUUUGCUGGUAUUCACCAAGAUUGGCCUGUCUUCGUUAGGCUUCUCCCAAAGUUUCUGAAUUCUGCUGUUUUAACCUCUAGUUUCUUGUUAGUUUUUUGCCUGCCCAUUGGUUCUUGCAGUUCUGUUCUGUGCUGGUUUGGGAGUCCCAACCACGUUUCCAUGUAGAGCUGGGUUUGAAUUCUGCACUGGCACAAAAGGGAAAUACAGGGAAAACGGCACUGGCCUCCAGAGAAGCAACAAUUCUGUGUCAGGCACGGAAAUCCUCCUUGUGAUGGGCCUGGGGGAGCUGUGAGCUCACAACAUCCAAGAAUUGACUCUUAAAAUCCAAACCCCAACCAACUGAUCCCGUUGCCACCCUCCCACAGGCAGGAUCUGUAGGAAUUGGGGAAAUCCUGCUCAGGUUUAUUUUAUUUAAUCCUGUCUGUGCAUGAAGGGCCCAAGGAAACCCAAAAACUGAUGUGUCAUUGCUUGGUAAGGAAACUUUUCAACAUCACAUGUCAAAUUCUGAACAUUUCUGUUUAAUGGCAAAACAAAGCUGAGACAGGCAAAAAGGUCCUGGAGGCAGAGCUUGUCCAUGAAAAGGUGACAAAACUUUUUUUGGAGUCAAUUUGCAUCAAACAUCAUCCUGCAGUCACCUAAAACCACACCCAGGGCAAAGCCUGGCACUAAAAAUGUGCUUUGAAGGCAGCUUGGGGGAAUCCUGAAAUCCUGAUUUAUGAGCCUGGGAACCACCUGCGAGGGGGAAAAUGGAAUUUGGGACAGGAGUUUUGACCCUGCAGAGGCAGGAAUUUAUUUGGAACAGGAGUUUUAACCCUGCAGGGACAGGAAUUUAUUUGGAACAGGAGUUUUAACCCUGCAGAGGCAGGAAUUUAUUUGGAACAGGAGUUUUAACCCUGCAGAAUCAGGAAUUUGGGACAGGAGUUCAUAAAAUUUGCUCUGGAUGCAAGCAGAGCAUCCUGGAUUUGGGUGUUCUGGUCAGAGCCCAGCCAGGGCACAGAUAAACAUGAAAUUUGGCAGCAAAAUCGUUCAUGGGAACCAGUUUUGGUGGAUUGAGCAGAAAUAAUGAUAAUUCAAAUUGUUCCUGAGCUCUCCAGUGGAAAUGGAGAGGCAGAAUUGGGUUUGCAAAAAGGCUCCUCGACAGCUUCAGGUUUUCAGGAAAAUCUUUGGUUGCUCUGAGCCCUCUGGGAUGCGAAUAGGAAUGCAAAUAACAGAUUAAAAUUUUAAAAAUUAAAAUCAUUUAACUACUCACACAAUUCAACUGCUGAAUUUUACAUCUCUGUUGGAAAAAGGAUCCUUUUCACCUUCUCUGCCCUGAAAUGGGAAUAACUGAGUGAGGCUCUGCUGGUUCCCCACGAGGCAGCAGCUCUGUAGGAACUGACAGAAUUUUGUCAGCUGCCACCACUUUGGCAUCUUUUCCUAAGGCAUUUUUUGGUAAAAAUCUGAUUUUUCUCACCCACUGGGGCUCCAUUUCUCAGCAAACAUAAAUGUGGAUUUUUUCCCCCCUCAUCCAUCCAUGACCAGGAUUUCUGCCUGAGGUUGUAGUAGAUUUUCUCAGCGUCUUAAAUUUCUUCAAUUCUUAAAUUUAUUAAAUUCUUAAAUUUAUUAAAUUCCUAAAUUUCUUAAAUUCCUUCUAGCUCGAGCUCUGUGGCUCAGAAAACGAGUUCCCCCCGUUGGAAAUUGCUGUAAAUCUCUUUCAAUCCUCAUUUUUUUGCACUAAGCAAUUGCAUUGUUGCAAUUCAAGCAACUUUUCACAAUUUUUUCCUCAGAAAAUGCUUUCCACUCCAAAGAUCUGACCAGGACUAAAAGCAGCAACAAAAAUUCAUUUUUUUUUCCCUUCGGUGUGAAAAGCAUGGCUAAGCCUAGAUGAUCUUAAAAUUCCUUUAGUUGCAAAGGAAAAAUGAAUUUUUUGUCAAGGAAACAUGCUCAGGGUAAAUAGACUUAGGCUGUCGGGCAGGUAGGAGUAGGUCCAACACUCUUCUGGAAUAAUAGGAAACUGAAAAAUGUGCAGAUAUAUAUAUUUUUUAAAAACAUAAAAUAGACAGUAAAGUGACAGCGGACUCACUGUAAAAUCUCCCAGGUGUGGUUAUUCUUUACCUUGUGUCUUCUGUUGUAAAAUGAACUUGGACAGUUACAACUUUGUGUGGAGAAAUAAAAAAAUAAAAUUAAAAAAAAAAAAGAAAAAAGGUAAAAAAACCCGAACUCAACCUGUGUGAAACUGCAUAAUGCUAUCAGCUAACUUACAUUCUGUAAUGCUACCUUGUAUGUUGGAUUUGUUAACGCACAUUGAGCGUGCAAAAUAAAAAUUAAAUCACUUUAA